AUGAAUGGCUACGGAUCACCCUACCUCUACAUGGGGGGCCCGGUGUCCCAGCCAAGAGCGCCCCUCCAGAGGACGCCCAAGUGUGCCCGCUGCAGAAACCACGGCGUGCUGUCCUGGCUGAAAGGGCACAAGCGUUACUGCCGAUUUAAGGACUGCACUUGUGAAAAAUGUAUUCUUAUAAUCGAGCGACAGCGGGUCAUGGCGGCUCAGGUGGCGCUGAGACGGCAGCAGGCGAACGAGAGUUUGGAGAGUUUGAUCCCGGAGUCUCUGCGUGCGCUGCCCGGCAUCACGGUGGGAAGCGGAGAGCAGAGCGCAAACCCACGAACCAGCGAGAUAGACCUGCGCUGGAGCACAGAUACUGUGACCCCUAAACCAUCUCAAGAGCUAAAUGAUGACUUGUCUGGUGAGCAGUCAGGUGGAGAGAAUGGUGGCAGUGCCAGUGACAGAGAACCAGAGCAGGCCAGUUCACCUGAGGAAUCCAAGCCCAACCUGUGCUGCACCCCUGACACCUCAGACCCAACUCCCCAGCCAGAGGAGUCUCGCUUUGGGCUGUCGAAAUCCUGCACUGACCCAGAACCCAAAGCCGACAACCCCAAAUACUCCCCCGAGCCUAACCUCCUCAUUGAAGGUCUCUCUGGCUCCGUAUCACUCCCUUUCAGCCUGCGCGCCAAUCGACCUCCACUAGAGGUUCUGAAGAAGAUUUUCCCUGCCCACAAACCUGCAGUUCUGGAGUUGAUCCUGAAAGGCUGUGGUGGGGACCUGGUUGGAGCCAUCGAGAUCCUCCUCUCCAGCCGUUCUACAAUGAAACCAGAAAAGAUGUCUGAAAACACUGAUGCUCUUGUUCUUCCUUCAAACGGUCACCUCUUUGAGCACCCGUUGAGCUCCUACCCAGUCUCCUCUUCUAAGUGGUCUGUCGGUUCGGCCUUCCGUGUUCCAGAUUCCCUGCGCUUUUCCUCAGAGUCCUCAGGUGGAGUAGCUGGCCCUCUUGGCAUGCCACUGCAGCAUGGCUUCCCCCAGCCACCUCGAUACCCCCUCAUGCUGAGAAAUUCAUUAAGCAGGGGCCAGGCUGGGCCCUUCAUGCACAAUGAUGUGACUCUGUGGAAUACCAUGACAUUACAGCAACAGUAUCAGCUGCGCUCGCAGUACGUCCCCCCAUUUUCCGGCCCUUCAGCCGGAGUGAUACGCAGCUCGCCGCUCAUUACCAGCAGGCCCACCGAGGAGCAUCGCAUCAGCAUCCAGGAGGAGAACUGCCCUGUCAUUACCAAACAGAGCAUGUAUGCAGCAGAUGAGGAGUACGAUGAAAGAUCUGACUCCUCAGACUCCAGGAUCCUGAAUACCUCCUCGUAACUUCCACCCACCAGCAGAUCCAACAGGGAGUCGAAAAAAGCACUGAACUGGGUUCUUGAGAUGCUGUAAAAGUGACAUUGCUAUUCUAGGAGCGUAAUGAAAGAUAUACGGUGUAUUACUUGAGGAAUUCUACCAGAUUUGAGGUUGAUGUGCCAACUUAUUCAUGUGUGGAAUACAGUAGCUUCAUUUUUGGAAAAAAAUCAUUAAGGUAGCCUACUAUUAUUUGACCAAAAAGUCUGAAUCUAUUAAUAUAUGGUUAAUGAUGAUACAAUGAUCUCUGUUUCCACUUUGCAUGAAAUGUACUGUUGAUAGCAAUUUAAUGUAGAAUUAAUCCAUCAGUCCUGCAUGUAAAAGUAUGGCAAAUAAACCAUCCAUA